CCAACGCCGUUGUGCCGUAGUCGACGCGUCGAUUGAUCGCGUUCGGCGCUCACCGAGUCAAAUGGACUUGGCGGCGCAAUCGAAUUUCGCUGUACCCUCCCUCUCAGUUCACCGGAAAUCAUCACCGUCUGCACAUCACUUCCGAAAACGCUCCGUGGUCGUCUCAUGAUAGCAGCCGCCAACCCGCCAUUUGAGCUACGCGUCGAACUGUUUGAUUCGCUACACGUACCUACUACGUCGUCGUGCUGUGGGAUUCGUGUCGUCCGGGCCGCACGAGAGUGACUGUCAACGACCCGACGAGACGUUUUUCGAGUACCUCCCGCUCCCCCCCCCACCCCGACCAAGGGCGUACCGACUGCUGCCCCGUCGUGGUCUUGCUCUGCUCUGUUCAAACGUCUCCUGUCGACAUGCAACAGGCACAGCCCGCCAGUCUCAAGGUAAACACCGUGUUUAUUAUCCCGGAUGCCGAUUUGGUAAAAUAUGUACAUUGAGAUCGCCGUUUAAACAGCGAUUGUUAGUUCUACAUUAGGGCGGCUAAACGUUGAGAUGUGUUCAAUAGUUUCUCAUACCAGGCCAUAGAAGUGACAAUAAUAUGGUGAAUUUCAAUAGUAUCACCGAUAUCUAUUUCUACUGGCGCCAUUAUAAAAUUAAUACAUUCCAUGUUGGUAUAAGUUAAUUAGAGCCGGCAAUAUAUAUACACUUUGAAGAGAAAACAAUAUUCUAUUAUGGAUCUAAGGAUAAAAUACUCCAUUGGAGCUAUAUCUUCCAUGGAAUAUAAACGUCGUGCAAUUCUUAAUGAGUUAAAUUAUAUGUCGUAUUCAUCGGGUAGAUUUUCUUUGCCUACAAUGUACCCUACUAACAUAAAUGAUCGGAUUCGUCCUACACGAUUGAUACUAGAUACUAUUCUAGGUAUGGAAGUUGAUCCUAGAGAAGGUAAACGUUUACUAGUCUUGUCCAAAUACCAUAAUGUUACAUUGUUUAAUGUAUCCGAAGUUCAAUUCUUUCAUCACAUAAAGCGUGUGCCUAUUCCACUUGAUCCAAAAAGUAAUACAAUAUCGCCAAAUUCAGUACAUUGGCUUUGGGAUGGUUCAGUAUUUUCUGUUUGCCAUUUUGAUUCUGUGCAUUUUUGGGACUCAAAUACUUGUAAAAUAAUUGAAACUGUGAAAUUGCGUACUAAAGUUUUGAACCAUAUUAUAGCUGCAAAAAAAAAUAGUACUCACAAAUAUGUUGCAGUGUCAGGAGCUACUGGACAUGUGUUUAUAAUUGAUAUGCUGCAUGGUAUUGUUGUAAUGACUAUGAAUAAUAUUGAAAAAUCGGCAAUAAGAACUAUCCAGUGGCAUCCAACAAAUGAAAAACAAUAUGUUACUGGCAAUGACAGUGGGAAUAUUUUCCUAUGGGAUAUUCGUUAUCAAAUGAAAUAUGUUUUAAAAUUCCAAAGGGAUAAUUCUGGUCUUAUAUCAAGUCUUGAUAAAGCAGCUCUUGGGUUACGUUUUUAUAAUUGCGGAAAUAAUAUUAUAUCUGUUGACUACAAAGGAAGCAUCAAAACUUGGGAUGUUAAUACUGGUAAACUGCGUCCUAACCAUUAUGCAUCUGUGUCAUUGAGUGAUCUAAACACUUCUCAUCUUCAUAAACACUAUCAGUUUGAUGUUACUGACAAUUUAAAAGAAGAUAUUGCAUUUUUUCCAUCAACAAGAGGAAUGAGAAUAUUUGACAUUGAAAGUGGUGAACAUUUACCUUCUUCUAAUGAUGUAGGUCUAUCUUUAAGCUGUGCUAAUUAUGAUCCUAAAAAUUUGUGUCUUUAUGGAUCUUCUAAUGAAUCGAUAAAAUCCUGGAAACCUCAAAAAUGUGAAAACAAUAUACAUUUUGAAUACCCUAGCCAAUUUGAUGUAUAUUAAUACUUUCUAACAAUUUUAUGUAUAUAUUUAUACCUAGAUAUUUAUUUAUUUUAUACUAGCAAAUUGUUGCUAUUAUUUAUUGAUACCUGAUAUUUUAUUUGUUCCGUUAGAUGGUUGAUUUCAACCAAUGCUGGUACAAAUUACACUCAAAAUUAUGCAUAUCCAAAUUAUAGUUAUGAUUUUUAAAAUAAAUAAAUUUUGAAUUUGAA